AUGAGACUCUUCCUUUCCACCCUCCUGCUAUCCAUCGCAGGGUCUUCCAUUGCCGAGGAAGGUAUUGUCGGUGGAUCCGUCGCCGGAACUGGAGAGUUCCCAUACCAAGUUUCCGUUCAAACCUCCUCCCAUAAAUGCGGUGGAUCGAUCAUCGACAAAGAUCACAUCCUGACUGCCGCUCACUGCACGGAUGGCCUAUCCGCAGAAAGAUUGAGAGUUCGCGCAGGUUCGAACCAGCACGCCUCCGGUGGGAAGUUGGUUAAGGUGGCCCAAAUCACGCAACAUUCAGAGUACGACGCGAAGACCAUCAAAAAUGACAUCGCCGUCCUCCGUCUAGCUUCGAGCCUGGAAUUUGGGUCUUCCAUCUCGGCUGUGGAACUUCCAUCCUCAGCAGAAGAGACGCCGGAGACAGGGACCAAGUGCUCUGUCACUGGCUGGGGAUCUACCUCUCAUGGAGGUAGCUCCCUCCCUUCCAACCUCUUGGUUGCGUAUGUCAACAUUGUUGACCACGAGAAAUGCGCGAAGGAAUAUGCGGACCGCCAUGAAGUUGAUGAUUCCAUGAUUUGUGCUGGUGUCCAAGGCGGAGGAAAGGAUUCAUGUCAGGGAGACAGCGGUGGUCCACUUGUUGAUACCAACUCUAAGAAGCAGGUCGGUGUUGUUUCAUGGGGCUUUGGAUGUGGAAGGCACGGCCAAGAUGGCGUUUAUGCUAGCACCGCGGCUUAUCUUGAUUGGAUUCAGGGGGCCAUUUCAGCCUAG